UUUGAAUUACACCAAAUGUAUAUAGAAACAUUUGUCAUCAUCGUAGCCAUUUUUGCCACCUUUUUUCCAACAUCACUCAAUCAGCCAAAAACAGUUUACAAAAUCACCUUGUUAAUUACUUCGAACCGCUCAGACUGAAAAUGUCGUCCACGGAGGAAGGAGGCGGCGCCGUCGGAGCAGUUUCCACUGAUCAAACGAUCAUCAACAACAACACCAACAACGAUUCUGUGGGCAUUGAUAUGCCGUGUACGGACAACCCUCUCAGCACUGGCGAAUUAGCGAAGCUCCAGUCAUUAGACAAAGCUUUCGACGGCGGCCAACCCAACUUCACUGCCAAACCAUUAAUACGAAAAGUCCCAUCAAACCUUCGCCAUAACGAAGAUUUCAAGAAGUAUUUCAAGCCGAAAGUGAUCUCAAUCGGCCCACUCCACCACGAUGAUCUCACCCUCCAUGAAUCCAAGGAGCUCAAGCUCAAAUUAGCAGCACAUUUCGUCAACAAAAUUGGCGUCGAUAAGGAAUCCUUGUACAGCAACAUGAAGGUAGAGAUGGAUGGCUUGAAGGAAUGCUAUGAUCCACAGGAAUUAGAGAAGUAUAGCGACGAUAACGAGGAACUGGCUUGGAUGUUCUUCGUUGACGGCUGCGCAAUUUUACAAGCAGUUUACAUGCGUUACGGUAAUGAUGAUGAUGAUGGUAAGUUGUUUAUUAAAAACAAUUUGCUGACAUUUGUGUACUCGGAUCUGUUCUUGUUGGAAAACCAAUUACCUUUUCGUGUUCUUGAAUUGCUUACAAGCUCCAGCAAAAAUGGCGAAAAGUUCAUGAAGGCAAUCAAAACGUUCAUCGACGACACUGUUAUCACCCCAACAGGGAACAGGUAAUUUAAGGAAUUUAAUUACAAUUAGAUAGAAUCAAAUAGACUCU